UGGGACGGCCCGGCUGAGCGCCCCCACUUGUCCCCGACACUUGUCCCCGACACCCCCCGGCCGAGCCACCACCCUCCUGCCGGGCCCCAGCGCGCACGGCGAUGGCGAAGGCGACCGCCGGCUCCGCGGGGCUGCCAUGGCUGCUGCUGCUGCCGCUGCUCGGCGAGGCCCCGCUGGGACUCUACUUCUCCCGGGACGCGUACUGGGAGAAGCUGUACGUGGACCAGCCGGCCGGGACGCCCCUGCUCUACGUCCACGCCCUGCGCGACGCCCCCAACGAGGUGGCCAGCUUCCGCCUGGGCCAGCACCUCUACGGCGCCUACCGCAGGCGGCUGCACGAGAACGACUGGAUCCGCAUCGAGGAGGACACCGGCCUGCUCUUCCUUCACCGGAGCCUGAACCACAGCUCCUGGGAGCAGCUCAGCCUGCGCAACGGCGGCUUCCCCCAGCUCACCGUCUACCUCCAGGUCUUCCUGAUGCCCACACCCCUGCGUGAGGGCGAGUGCCAGUGGCCAGGCUGCGCCCGCAUCUACUUCUCCUUCAUCAACGCCUCCUUCCCGGCGUGCGGCUCCCUCCAGCCCCGGGAGCUCUGCUUCCCGGACAGGGAGCCCUCCUUCCGGAUCCGGGAGAACCGGCCCCCGGGCACCUUCCACCAGUUCCGCCAGCUGCCCGUGCAGUUCCUCUGCCCCAACGUCAGCGCGGCCUACAGGCUGCUGGGAGGUGAGAACCUGCCCUUCCGCUGCGCCUCCGACAGCCUGGAGGUGAGCACCCGGCGGGCCCUGGACCGCGAGCGCCGGGAGAAGUACGAGCUGGUGGCCGCCUGCACAGUGCGCACGGGCGCGCGCGAGGAGGAGGUGCUGGUGCCCUUCCCCGUGACCGUGUACGACGAGGACGACUCGGCGCCCUCCCUCCUGGACGGCGUGGACACCGCCAGCGCCGUCGUGGAGUUCAAGCGGAAGAAGGGCACUGUGGUGGCCACGCUGCAUGUCUUCGAUCCGGAUGUGGUGCCGGCUUCCGGGGAGCUGCUGAGGCGGUACACGGGCACACUGCUCCCGGGAGACGCCUGGGCCCUCCAGACCUUCCGCGUGGAGCACUCCCCCAACGAGACCUUGGUCCAGGCCGACGGCGGCUUCAUCCGGGCCACGGUGCACGACUACAGGCUGGUCCUCAACCGCAGCCUGCCCAUCUCGGAGAGCCGCUCCCUGCAGCUGGCCGUGCUGGUCAACGACUCCAGCUUCCAGGGCCCGGGCGAGGGCACCCUCCUCCUGCACUUCAACGUGUCGGUGCUGCCCGUCAGCCUGCGCCUGCCUGGCGCCUACGCCUUCACCGUGAGCAGGCGGGCCCGCCGCUUCGCCCAGGUGGGGAAGGUCUCCGUGGAGAACGGCCAGGAGUUCACGGGCAUCCCCCUGCGGUAUGAGCUGCAGCUCGCCAGCGCCAACUGCAGCGCUCUGGGGGUGGUCACCUCGGCCGAGGACGCCUCGGGGACCCUGUUCGUGAACGACACGGAGGCCCUGUGGCGGCCGGAGUGCGCCCAGCUCCAGUACACGGUGGUGGCCACCGACCAGCCCACCGGCAGGCAGGCCCAGGGCCCGCUGCUCGUCACCAUGGAGGGCACGUACACGGCCGAGGAGCCAGGCUGCCCCCUGUCCUGCGCCGUCAGCAAGAGGCGGCUGGAGUGUGAGGAGUGCGGUGGCCUGGGCUCCCUGACAGGCAGGUGCGAGUGGAGACAGGGAGACGGCAAAGGGAUCUCCAGGAACUUCUCCACCUGCUCCCCCAGCAUCAAGACCUGCCCCGACGGCCACUGUGAUGCCGUGGAGAGCAGCAACCCCCAUGUCUGCCCCCAGGACUGCCUCCGGGGCAGCAUCAUCGGGGGGCACGAGCCAGGAGAGCGCUGGGGGAUCAGAGCCGGCUUUGGGACCUGCAACUGCUUCCCUGAGGAGAGGAAGUGCUUCUGUGAGCCCGAGGACAGCCAGGGCCCGCUGUGCGACGAGCUGUGCCGCACGGUGAUCGCGGCCGCCGUGCUCUUCUCGUUCGUGGUCUCCGUGCUGCUGUCCACCUUCUGCAUCCACCGCUACCACAAGAACGCCCACAAGGCGCCCAUCGCCUCGGCCGAGAUGACCGUGCACCGGCCGGCCCAGGCCUUCCCGGUCAGCUACUCCUCGUCCAGCGCCCGGCGGCCCUCGGUGGACUCCAUGGAGAACCAGGUCUCUGUGGACGCCUUCAAGAUCCCGGAGGACCCCAAGUGGGAGUUCCCGCGGAAGAACUUAGUUCUUGGAAAAACUCUGGGAGAAGGCGAGUUUGGAAAAGUGGUCGAGGCAACAGCCUUCCGGCUGAAAGGCAAAGCCGGGUACACGACAGUGGCCGUGAAGAUGCUGAAAGAGAACGCCUCCCCCAAUGAGCUGCGGGACCUCCUGUCAGAAUUCAACCUCCUGAAGCAGGUCAACCACCCCAACGUCAUCAAGCUGUACGGGGCCUGCAGCCAGGACGGCCCGCUGCUCCUCAUCGUGGAAUACGCCAAGUAUGGCUCCCUGCGGGGCUUCCUGCGAGAGAGCCGCAAGGUGGGGCCCGGCUACGUGGGCAGCAGAGGCAGCCGCAACUCCAGCUACCUGGACAACCCCGACGAGCGGGCGCUGACCAUGGGCGACCUCAUCUCCUUCGCCUGGCAGAUCUCCCGGGGCAUGCGGUACCUGGCGGAGAUGAAGCUCGUCCACCGGGACUUGGCGGCCAGAAACGUCCUUGUGGCCGAGGGGCGGAAGAUGAAGAUUUCGGAUUUCGGCCUGUCCCGGGACGUGUAUGAAGAGGACUCCUAUGUGAAGAGGAGCAAGGGCCGGAUUCCAGUCAAAUGGAUGGCAAUCGAGUCCCUGUUUGAUCACAUCUACACCACCCAGAGUGAUGUGUGGUCCUUUGGUGUCCUGCUGUGGGAGAUUGUGACCCUGGGGGGCAACCCGUACCCGGGGAUUCCUCCUGAGCGGCUCUUCAACCUCCUGAAGACAGGCUACCGGAUGGAGCGGCCCGACAACUGCAGCGAGGAGAUGUACAGCCUGAUGCUGCAGUGCUGGAAGCAGGAGCCAGACAAGAGGCCCGUGUUUGCCGACAUCAGCAAAGACCUGGAGAAGAUGAUGGUUAAGAGAAGAGACUACUUGGAUCUGGCCGCGUCCACCCCGUCCGACUCCCUGCUGUACGAUGACGGCCUCUCGGAAGAGGAGAUGCCCCUGGUGGACUGUAAUAAUGCUCCCCUCCCUCGCACCCUCCCCUCCACGUGGAUUGAAAACAAACUCUAUGGCAUGUCAGACCCGAACUGGCCUGAGGAGAGUCCUGUACCACUCACGAGAGCCGAUGGCACUAGCACUGGGUGUCCACGCUAUGCCAAUGAUAGUGUAUAUGCUAACUGGAUGGUUUCACCCUCAGCGGCACAAUUAACGGACUCGUUGGGUAGUUAACAUUUCUUUGUGAAAGGUAAUGGACUCACAAGGAGGACGCUGGCUGAGGUGGUCCGCUGGCCCUCACGGUGCCCUUUCCGCUGGCUGGCGGCUUUUCCCUCCCAAGCAGACACCGUGCACGGGAUGGGAGGCCAGUCUCGUGUGUAGGUCCCUCCUCCUCCUCCUCCUCCUCCUCCUCCUCCUCUGCAGCCCUUGGCAGAGCCAGUGCCAGUGUGUGUUCAUCAGGGAUCACCAUGCUCUGUGCUCACACGUUGGGCCCCUCACUCACUACCUGAUCUGUUUGAUUCUCCUGGUUGCCACCCAACAAGGCAACCAGAUGUAAACAUGAAGCACAUGCCCCCCCUCAACCCCCGACAAAGGCAGCAAGGACAAAACUGGCCCAAAGGACUGACGGUGUGGAGAACCGAGCCUGGCAAGGCCCAGUGUUGGUGUCAAAACCUGCCGGGGGCUGGCGAGGGAGAAGGGGUCUUGGCACAGCCCUGGGCUCAGGAUUUGGGAUCCUGAGAUUUUUAUUUUUUUUUAAUUAAAAGAAAACCUUUUCUUAGGAAGACAUUUGAUUUUUUUUUUUAUCAUAAUUAACAUGAUUCUUAGAUUAGCACAAUGGAGAGAUGUGAUGCCACACUUGCUGUGUAGACAGGCGGUGUCGGGAGAGAGCUCACAAACACGGUUCCCCAUCACUGAGGGGUCACUUCCUGGUUUAGAACAGGACGGAGGAAGGGGUGCUUGUGGAGUGGCCUCCAGUCCAGACGGAGAGGUGGCAGCUGAGAGCCCCCCGCCCCCCGCCUCCGUCUUCCGCCCACUGCAUGCCCAGCACCGGAAAGCAGUGGCUCAUCUCACACCUCGAGAGUGGGCGGACUGGUGCUCAGUGUACAAGGGACCGUUCAGCCAGCUAUGUUAGAAGUAGCAUUGACAGUGACCGAGGACCUCCCCCGCUCUGAUUUCAGCUCUGACGUGGGAAAGACAGUGUUCUGGCUCUCAUAGAGCUUGUGUGGGAAAGUAUCCACGCUUCCCGUGUGUGGACUUGACGCUGCUAUAGCAAGACAUUUUGGUUUCUCGGAUUCUGACCAUGACUCAUAAGCUUGUCAUUCUCCUCUGCCUGUUUGUGGUCACAGACACCGCGCUCCUCCAGCUUGAGGGGAGGGGGAGCAUUUGGAAAGUCCUGGUGGCUCUUCUGUAACUUGUCUCAGCACCGUAACUUCCCAGGGGAGGAUCGGUGACCAGACACUGCCUGGCCUGGAUGGAGCGCACCGGGGAAGGACGUGCCUGUAGGUUUAUAAAAAGGCCGUGUUUCAGAGGCAUUACGUAACAGCAGUAACACUAACGGCGUUUUGUGGCCAAGAAGGCUCGGCUGAGUGUGUGCUGGAGCCUCGUGGUGUGUGCGCACUCAAAACACCCCAGAGAAGGAGCUGGAGAAACACUUCUUGGAGGCGCAAGGCGGCUGGAGCUGGAGCCAUUUGUCAGAUGCCCUAUUAGUUCUCUUACCCACAUCUUGUUGGAAGUCUCUGGUUUCAGAUGUGCUUAACGCUAGUCUUAUUAAAUAAGGGUAAACUUUCAAAUUAUUAAAAAUGCCUACUCAGUGAGAUGCUGUAGCAGGUUUGUUAGCAGGGUGAGGACUCCGAGUUCAAGUGGCUGACCCAGUGAUGGGGAAUUAACCCUUGACUGUUAACCUGUCUAGUUAUACAAGUACUCAUGCCUACUAGUCCUCUCGAUUUUCAUGCAUAUAUGCAGAAGUUACUAAGUGUUUAAGUGUUCCUGAGUAUUAAGUAGCAAUCUGUCAGUUAUGAAAAUUUGUGAAAUCUAUUUAUGAAAGGUUAUUAAAACCAUGCCAUGUUCAUUUGUUUUUGUAAAUCAAGGUGACUAAGGAAAUAAUUUUAGUUAUGUAAAUAAAAUCAUAUAUCACAAAA